AUGUUUACAUCACGGACAAUCAAACGUUUGGUUAUCUCGGGCGCGCACGUGCCCGCCAGCAACACCUUCAUCCGGCAGGCGACCUCCACCGUGAUGGAAUCACCAACUAUUUCGAACGGAGCAACAGCAUCCGAUGAAACGAGCCACCUUCCACCGUUGCAGUACCGCGUGACUGCAAAGUGUAGUGUGACAAAGGCGCGCGUUGGCGUCAUGAGUGUACGGCAUGCGGACGUCGAUACACCGGUAUUCAUGCCGGUUGGCACACAGGGCACGCUGAAGGGUGUGUUGCCAGAGCAGCUGCUCGCGUUGGAUUGUCGCAUAAUGCUCGGGAAUACGUACCACCUCGGAAUGCGUCCCGGGACGGACGUGUUGGAGAAGGCGGGUGGUUUGCAUCGGUUCAUGGGUUGGCCCCGGGCACUGCUGACCGAUUCCGGCGGGUUUCAGAUGGUUUCACUGUUGCAGCUGGCGGAAAUUACCGAGCAGGGCGUUCGGUUUCAGAGUCCGUACGAUGGCAGCGAGUGUAUGCUGACGCCGGAACGCAGCAUGGAGAUACAGAAUGCCAUCGGAGCGGACAUCAUGAUGCAGCUGGACGAUGUGGUCAAGACAACGACGACGGGACCGCGCGUGGAGGAAGCAAUGCACCGAACGAUCCGCUGGCUGGAUCGUAGCAUUUCCGCGCACGGGCGUGACGAUGAGCAGAGCAUUUUUCCCAUCGUACAGGGCGGAUUGCAGCCGGAUUUGCGACGCGUUUGUGCGGCCGAACUGACCAAACGUAACACACGUGGGUUUGCCGUGGGCGGACUUAGUGGAGGUGAAAGUAAAGACGAAUUCUGGCGCACGGUACAUCUGUGCACGGAUUUGCUGCCGGAGGACAAACCGCGCUACCUGAUGGGUGUCGGUUUUGCAGCCGACCUGGUGGUAUGUGUGGCGCUAGGAGUGGAUAUGUUUGAUUGCGUAUUUCCAACGCGAACGGCACGGUUCGGUUGUGCAUUGACGCGUGCCGGACAGAUCAACUUGAAGCAACGCACCUUCGCAAAGGAUAUGCGACCGAUUGAGGACGAUUGCGACUGUUCCACGUGUCGUACGUACACACGGGCCUAUCUGCAUCACAUCGUCACCGUCGAACCGGUGGCCUGCAGUAUCGUGAGCGUUCACAAUGUGGCCUUCCAGCUACGACUGAUGAGCGACAUGCGAGAAGCCAUCCGGGAGGAUCGAUUUCCAGAGUUUGUGAAAUCGUACUUAGCCGUACGCUUUCCGGAUGAUACUGUCCCCGAGUGGAUUCGGGAUGCUCUUGGCGCUGUGAACGUGCACUUGUAG